CAUGGCCGCGGCGUUUGGGGUGUCUUUAUAUUGACGAAAUAUUUUUUCAAAAUUCGUUUUAGGUCCCUUUCGCCAUGGGAUCGUACCCAAAGUUUGUAGCUGAAUAUUGCAAGGUGUGGGAAAAAUCAGGAAAAGAGCAAUUCAUCAAAUAUGUGACACAAUCUAUCAAAGAUGAUGACAAAAGCCCCUUGUUUACAAAAUCGGGCAAGCUAUCGGGCUUGUCUCUAAACAUAUAUGACUUACUACUGAGUGGCCUCAAAGGUGCACUCAAGAAAGAUGCUGUCCUCUCUGUACUCAAAGAAAUCUCUACUUUGCAUGCAGAUAUACCAUCAAUAAUUCUAGAUGUGGUAUGCAUACUAGAUGCAGAAACUUGUACAGAUGUGCAGAGUGAGCACAGAGCAAACUUUUGCUACAUCGUUCGAGAACUUGAAUCCUUUAUGUCUGACAAAUUGCUGAAAGAAAGACUGGAAAUUGACACAUUACAGGAUGUAGGAACAUUGAAAAACAAAACCUUUUACACAAAAUUUAUUAAAAUCAAAACUAAGUUGUAUUAUAAACAACGUAAGUUCAAUUUAUUUAGAGAGGAAAGUGAAGGUUAUUCUAAGUUAAUAGUGGAGUUAAAUCAAGAGAUUAGUGAAGACACAGAAUGGAAAACUAUUUUGGAGAUUAUUCAAUCCCUUAUAGGUUGUUUUAAUUUGGAUCCUAACCGUGUUCUGGAUAUUAUAUUAGAGUCUUUUGAGGCACGGCCACAGCUAGACAAGCUUUUUAUAGCCCUCAUAAAGAAUUACAUGGGAGACCCUCAAGUGAUUUCUGAAGUGCUUGGUUUUAAGUUAGGGAACAUGGAAGUUUUGGAGAGUUAUAAGGAGCCACCACCUUUGAUGACUGUGAUAGCCUUGCUCUUGCAGCAUCAAGUAAUAUCACUUGAUGAUAUUUAUCCAUGGUUGAGACCAGAUGAUUCUAUUAUGGCGAAAGAAGCAGAUAAAGAAGUAAAAUCGGCUCAAGAGUAUAUAAGAAAAUUAAACAUUGUUUCCACCAAAGGACCUCAGGCUAAUGCCCCCACCGAUUUUAUUGAAGAAAAAGCGGAUCCACAGGAAUACUGGAGCAAUCAGAAGCUAGUGCUAAGUGAAGCUUUGUUGAAAGUAACGGCGUGGCGCGAGUUUGCCGCUCUGGCUGCACGUCUCCCCACAGCAGCGAUGCCCGCUCGGCCCGCCACAGCAUUGUGCAACAUGGUACAUGCCAUUAUAGAGCCACUUUAUAGAACCCAUUGUAGAGUAGCCCCCAAGAUUAUUGGGCGCCCAGUACCACCCCUAAAGUCGAAACUUGCCCCACGCGCGUGCAAGACGUUCGAUGACAUGAAAGAUACAGUUAUUCCAGCCCUAAUUCUGUUGGGGCCCUCUCUCCAUUACGAUCCCAUUUUGAUGUACAAGAUAAUUCGAAUACUACGAACUGCACGCUCAUUGCAACAAGAUCCUCUGCACCACGAGACUCUGACGGUACUUGACGCCGCCAUACUGCCGGCGCUCACCUUGAUGGAAGGAAACUGUUGUAUGUCUGAGGAAGUGUACACCUUGCUCAAACUCUACCCUUAUCAGUGCAGAUACUGCCUGUAUUCUCGUUGGAAGAACGAAUCAGGCGAACGAAUUCCUUCAUUAAUGCGUGUUCGAGGCAACUCCCUACAGCGCAUUAAGCAUAUCAUGAAGAGAGUGUCCAAAGAAAACACCAAGCCUCAAGGUCGCCUCAUAGGGAAGCUAUCACACGCUGCUCCGGCGUUCUUGUUCGACUAUAUGCUUUUACAGAUACAAACAUACGACAAUUUGAUUGGGCCCAUUGUAGAAUCUCUGAAGUACCUCACUUCUUUAUCUUUGGACGUACUUGGCUAUUGCCUGUUGGAGGCGCUAAGUGUGGGCAGGGGGUCGGUGAGCGGGGCGGCGCAUCCGCCGUGGCUGCAGGCGUUGGCGGCCUUCGCCGGGGCUGCUUUUAAGAAGCACAAUAUCGAACUCACUGCGCUGUUGCAGUUCGUGGCUAAUAGACUUAAAGCCCAGCAAAGCCAAGAUCUCUUGAUUCUAAAAGAGAUAGUGCAAAAGAUGGCCGGCAUCGAAGCCGUCGAAGAAAUGACACCUGAACAAUUGGACGCCAUGGCGGGAGGCGAAUUGCUCAAAGGAGAGGCUGGAUACUUCUCUCAAGUAAGAAACACGAGGAGGUCAUCAGCGCGACUGAAAGAGGCCAUAGUGGGGAAUAACUUGGACAUUAGUCUCUGCAUACUGUCUGCUCAGCAGCGACAUUGCUGUGUUUGGAAAGAAUAUGAAGACGACAAUCCGUCGAGCGGUGAAGCCCCAGGGUCACAGCUGAAGGUUGUGGGCCGCUUGGCAGAUCAAUGCCAAGACGCUUUGGUACAGCUUGGCACCUUCCUCGCUUCGUCCCAUGCACCUGACGAAUAUGCCGCCAGAUUGCCGCCUCUCCAGGAACUUCUUCGUGAUUAUCACGUAGAUGCUGACGUCGCAUUCUUCCUCCACCGGCCAGUACUAGCUCAAAAAAUAGCUGCCAAGUGUGAAUAUUUACGUAAAAGCUCUGAAGUAAAGUCUAGUAAUUUGGAGAAGACCAUAGAAAUAUAUACUACAGCAGCUAAAGAUUCUCUGGAACCAAUAUUACAUGCUAUAACUCCUUUAUUGCCUUCUAGAGUUUGGGAGGACAUUUCGCCGGAAUUUUAUGUAACCUUUUGGUCUUUGUCCAUGUACGACCUGCGAGUACCCGUUGAAAGUUACGAGAGGGAAGUCGGACGCUUGAAGUCUUCUGCAGCUGCCGCCGCCAAAGACAACUCGCAAGGCACUAAAGGAAAGAAGGAGCAGGAGCGUUUUAACACACUUAUUGACAAAUUGCAGGAGGAGCGUCGUCGCCAGUCGGAGCACGUGUCUCGCGUGCUGGCGCGACUGUCGCGCGAGUGCCGCGGCUGGUUCCCCGCACGCGCGGCUAAGUCAGCUAAGAACGAAACGGUGACGCGGCUGAUGCAGCUGUGCCUCUUCCCGCGCUGCGUGUUCACGGCCGCCGACGCGCUCUACUGCGCGGAGUUCGUGCACACGGUGCAUGCGCUUAAGACUCCCAACUUCUCCACGCUGCUUUGCUACGAUCGGCUGUUUUGCGACAUCACGUACUCGGUGAUGUCAUGUACGGAGGGUGAGGCGGCGCGCUACGGUACGUUCCUCUGCAAAGUGCUGGGCACAGCCAUGCGUUGGCACGCCGAUAAGAGCGUCUUCCAGCGCGAGUGCGCCGACUACCCUGGCUUCGUCACUAAGUAUCGCGUCUCCAAUCAGUUCACCGAAGCCAAUGACCACGUUGGAUAUGAGAACUACAGACAUGUGUGCCACAAGUGGCACUACAAGAUCACUAAGGCAAUGGUGGUAUGUCUCGACUCUGGUGACUACGUGCAGAUCCGCAACGCGCUGAUCGUGCUCAUCCGCGUCCUGCCGCACUUCCCAGUGCUAGAAAAACUCGCACAGAUCAUCGAGAGGAAAGUCGAAAAGGUUAAAGAGGAGGAGAAGAACCAAAGACAAGACCUGUACGUAUUGGCGACGGGGUACAGCGGACAGCUGCGUAACAAAGUUUCUAACAUGAUGCGAGAAAGUGACUUCCACCAAGUGGUACAAUUGCAGGUGAUUGAGAAACACAAGGCCGCGGUGGUGCCGCCCACCGUCCUCAAAGAAGAUCCCCCAGCCUCUAAGCACGAAGAGUCCGUAAUGUCACCGCCUCAUGUUCUAGAAGUUGAAAAGCGAGAGUCUCGAAAUAGCGACAGGCGCCGUGACGAUUCUGACCGUGAAAAGGAAUCCAAACGUGAACGAGCGACUGUCAAGGAAAGGGUUAAAGAAGAAAACAGGAGUAAAGAGCGUUCACCAAGAGAAAGAUCGCAUAGAGAGGAGCGCUAUUUGGAAUCGGUGUCCCCGCCACACGAUCAUCGUCAACCGGUGUCUGAUGACGUUGAACGAGAUGUUAAGCGUCGUAAAGUAGAAACCAGCGGCAACGGUAAGGGUAGCAAAGAGUUGGAUGAACGUUCCCCCGAGAAAGAAAAGAGAAAGACUAAACUUAGAGGGGAUGAACGUAAAGAGCGUAAGAUGAGCCGUAAAAGGGACAGAGCUGAAGAUUCAGCGAUCCUAGAGCAGAAAAGGCGACGGGAAGAACAGAAAGCGAUCUUGAAAAUGGGUAGUCAUCAAAAUGGAUCCCAAGAAGACCACCACUAUGAGAAAUAUCAUAAAAGGGAAAAAUCUCCCUACAGAGAUCGUUCACACGAAGAACCGAGAGAAAAACAUACCAGAAGACCAAAUGAGUCAAAAAUACGAAGAUAAGAUAGCAGCACAAGCCGACCAGUGGAAGUAUUUGUGCUACAUUGUCGUUUGACGUGCCCCCAGGAGCAAAAAUUAUAAUAAAAUCUUGAU